AAUACGAUAAAAGAAGCGCAGCUCUGAUAUUUUCGGGUUUAAAUAAGCGCGUGCGAAGCUACGUGUAUCACUGUUUUAUUAAGCUGGUCAACCGAUUCGGUUGCGAAAAUAUUGGUCGGUAAUUACAGAAUAAUUUUUUUUAAUAAACAAUGGUUGUAAUCACAGACGUCAAUGUGAAGGACGUGAGGUUCCCGACAUCGCUAUUGGCAGAUGGCAGCGAUGCUAUGCAUACUGAUCCCGACUAUUCCUGUGCCUAUGUGACUAUAAAGACAGACAAAGGUUUCGAGGGAUAUGGUUUGACGUUCACUUUGGGCAGAGGAACAGAAAUUGUUGUUCAAGCAUGCAAAUCGAUGGCUCAUCUGAUAAGGGGCCAGGAUACUGACAAGAUAUUUGCUGAUUUUGGAUCAGUUUGGAGAAAGCUAACCAGCGAUACGCAAUUAAGAUGGUUGGGACCGGAAAAAGGUGUCACUCAUCUUGCUACCGCAGCUAUAGUGAACGCAUUGUGGGACUUGUGGGCCCGAUUGGAAAACAAACCGGUCUGGAAACUGCUGGUUGAUUUGACUCCUGAGCAAUUAGUCUCGACGAUAGACUUCAGAUAUAUCACGGAUGUUGUUACCAAAGAGGAAGCCAUACAGAUGCUUAGGGACAGUGAAAACGGGAAGAAGGAACGGCAAGAAUGGCUGAAGAAAAACGGUUACCCAGCGUACACCACGCAAGUGGGCUGGCUCGGGUACAACGACGAGAAAGUGAAAACACUUUGCAGGAAGUACAUGGAUCUUGGUUUUACAGCUUUUAAAGCGAAGGUUGGCCAGAAUUUAAAGGACGACGUCAAGAGAUGCCGACUAAUACGCGAAAUGAUUGGGAAUAAAAACAAAUUGAUGGUGGAUGCGAAUCAAGUGUGGGACGUCGAUCAGUCCAUAGAAUGGAUGAAAGAGUUGAAAGAAUUUAAGCCGCUUUGGAUCGAGGAGCCCACAUCGCCGGACGACAUUUUGGGCCACGCGAAAAUCGCCGAAGCAUUAAGGCCGUACGGCAUCGGCGUCGCUACUGGCGAAAUGUGUGCUAAUCGCGUGAUGUUUAAACAAUUGUUGCAAGCCAAGGCGAUUGAUUACUGUCAGAUCGACUCGGCUAGAAUUGGGGGGAUCAACGAGAUAUUGUCUGUAUAUUUCAUGGCCAAGAAACUGGGAGUUCCUGUGUGCCCGCAUGCUGGAGGAAUAGGUCUUUGCGAGAUGGUUCAACAUCUUCAAAUGUGGGACUUCGUUUCCCUCAGUCGAACUACCGAGGAACGCGUGAUAGAAUACGUUGACCAGCAGCACGAACAUUUCGUAGAACCUGUGAGAAUGCAGAACGCUUCCUACAUGCCACCCAUGUCACCAGGAUAUUCUACUAAAUUGACCGAUCAAUGUCUUGACAAUUACGUUCACCCUGACGGCGAACAGUGGAAGCAACUGCGUGCGAAAGGACUCUUCCAAAAAUCUUAUAAUUAAUACUGUCAUGUAUUGAUUUUAUAUUGAUCUCAUACUUGUUAUAUUAACAUGAAUGUAUAUAUCAUAGAAAAGAAAGAGAAAUAUAAAAAUUUCUAAACGAU